AUGCAACGAGCUAAUACCAGUGAGGAGCGCACUCCUCUGGUGCAACCCACGUACGUCUUCGAGUCCAGUAUAUCCAGGGGAUACCAGAAGAGACUUAGAAAGUUUCAAUGUGCUGUCUGUGUGAUCCUUAUCGUUGUUCUCUCUGUGACCAUGCUGGUGACGGUUGGUUACAACUUGACGGUUGAUGAUACGACGGAAGCGCCGAUGAUUAACUUGACCGCCGUCAAUCCGGAUUUUCAACCGAUUCUGAAAAUGUCUCUGCCGCUAGAAGGACCACCCCCACCAGAAUGGCCGUUAGAAGCAACAAGCACAGAAGAUAUUGCAUCAGCUGUGGCGAAGGGCAAUGCCGCGUUGCAAAAACGAAGAAAGAUGGAGAGCAUUCUAACUCCACUGGAUAAGGAUUCACCAGCAUCCAGGGCGCAGCGGGCAGCGGCUACUUCAGCUGAUAUAAAACCCUUGGCUGAUGUUGCUUACGCUGCAGAGCAGGCUACAAGGAGCCUUAUUGAUGGGACGAAUUCAUCAAUGUUAGAUGGCAGCGUGGGGAUAGGACCGAUGAUAAAUGGAUCCUUCCCAGAGCCGCCGUAUUGCAGGCCAGCUACGACGCCGUGUGAGCUAUCGAAAUAUCGAGCUCAGGAUGGCUCUUGCAAUAACCUUCAAAAUCCUCUUCGUUGGGGAGUCUCAAACACGCCGUUUAGACGAGUUCUCCCCGCGUCUUAUGGUGAUGGUAUAAGCUCUCCAAGGACAGGAGUAAACGGCGUCAUGCUUCCAAGUGCAAGAGACGUGAGUGUGACUGUACACAGGCCAAGUUACGCCCAUGACUCUACAUUGACGGUGAUGCUGGCUGUUUGGGGACAGUUCAUUGACCACGAUAUCACCGCUACUGCGUUAAGCAAAGGUGAAAAUAGUUCCUCGCUGCAGUGCUGCAAUAGCAAAGGCCCAGUACAUCCUGAAUGUUUUCCGGUGCCUUUGGACGAGGAAGAUCCAUAUUACCAAGACUAUAACAUCACCUGUAUGGAGUUCGUCCGAUCAGCUCCAGCUCCCACCUGCCAUUUUGGUGCUCGCGAGCAACUGAAUCAAGCAACGGCAUUUCUUGACGCCUCUGCUGUGUAUAGCUUUGCAGAGAAAAAGACUUGGAAGCUACGUGAAGGUACCCGGGGACAGUUAAGAAUGCUAAGGAUUGGUCCUUGGCAACUUCUGCCACCUUCUACUGACCCAAAUGACGGAUGUAACACAGUAGAGAUGAACGCAAAGGGACGAUAUUGUUUUGAAUCCGGUGACGAGAGAGCCAACGAGAAUCUCCAUCUAACCACGAUGCAUCUUAUCUGGGCGCGUCAACACAAUCGGGUGGCGACUGAGCUGAUCAAGCUAAACCAACUUUGGUCUGAUGAAAUGGUCUUCCAAGAGGCUCGACGAAUAGUAGGCGCUCAAAUGCAACAUAUAACUUACUCUGAAUUCUUGCCAGCUAUACUAGGUGUUGACGUGAUGUGGGCCCUGAACUUGACACUGCGUAGCGAGGGCUAUUCCAGCAUUUAUGAUCCCUCUGUUGACCCAUCAAUCGCUAACCACUUCGCUUCAUCAGCGUUCAGAUUUGCGCAUACAUUGCUACCGGGUUUGAUUCAUAACGUAGACGUGAGUACUGGUACGGUGAGCUAUACCCACCUGCAUGAAAUGCUAUUCAACCCCUUCGCCCUCUACAACACGGACAAGGGGGGCAAGACAUGCAGUAAACUUAGCAACCACCUCUUCGAGCGCCCAAUUGUCAUUAACACAUCAAUAACAACGACGACCCCUCGAGACACUAUGCUCCAUCCUUGCGGUCUUGACUUGGUCUCCCUGAACAUCCAAAGAGGUAGAGACCACGGUCUACCGUCCUACCCCGCUUGGCGGGAGCUCUGUGGCCUCUCCAGACCAAAAACGUUUGAUGACCUCAAAGCCAUAUUUGAUGAGCUGUCACUAAGUAGAAUCUGCAAGAUAUAUCAGAGUGUCGACGACAUCGACCUAUAUACCGGAGCACUAGCUGAAAAUCCCAGGGGCAGACUUUUGGGCCCAACACUGACUUGUCUCAUUGCAGACCAAUUUUAUAGGCUCAAAGUCGGAGAUAGAUUCUGGUAUGAAACGGAUGAUCCAGAAAUUCGAUUUACUUUAGAGCAAUUACAUGAAAUUCGUAAAACUACAUUGGCCGGUAUAAUUUGCGCUAACGAAGAGCUACUGGAUCAAGCCCAACCGAGAGUGAUGGAAGCUCUUAGUGCGACAAACCCUUUAGUAGACUGCAAAGAACUUCCCCAACCAGACUUCACACCAUGGAAAGAAGGUGGACCGAAAGAAACGAAAAAUAAGAAGGGUAAAAAAAGUCGUUUGUAG